AAUAAACCUCCGAAGAAGAAGAAGAAUACGACGGUGACGAAGAAGAAGAAGAAAAAAAAAGUACAACAACAACAACAACAACAACAGCCUUGGACGCAGAUCUUCAUGUGAAAGAGCGCUUCCUUCUCCACACGGGCUUCGGAUCUCUGAUACUCUGCGUAACAUCACUAAAGUGUCCUGAUUCUUUACACCUCUUAUAAUGAAAUCAGAGUCCAGACGCCGCUCUUUAGGAAAAUCUCCACAGACUCCUGCUGCUACAGGCUCAAAGAUGUAUCACUGCUCACAGUGUGGGAAGAGUUUUACUUACCAGAGUAAUCUCCACCGUCACCAGCGCAUUCACACAGGAGAGAGGCCAUAUGAUUGCUGCCAGUGUGGGAAGAGUUUUACACGUCAGAGUAUUCUCCAACAGCACCAGCGCAUUCACACAGGAGAGAAGCCGUAUUACUGUUCACAGUGUGGGAAGAGUUUUACUCGUCAGAGUUAUCUCCAACGACAUGAGCGCAUCCACACAGGAGAGAGGCCAUAUGACUGCUCCCAGUGUGGGAAGAGUUUUACUCGUCAGAGUAAUCUCCAAAUACACGAGCGCAUUCACACAGGAGAGAGGCCAUAUGACUGCUGCCAGUGUGGGAAGAGUUUUACUUGCCAGCGUAAUCUCCAAAUACACGAGCGCAUUCACACAGGAGAGAAGCCGUAUCACUGUGGACAGUGUGAGAUGAGUUUUACCCAACUAUGUACUCUCCAGCGACACGAGCGCUUUCACACAGGAGAGAAGCCAUAUUACUGCUCACAUUGUUGGAAGAGUUUUACACGUCAGAGUACUCUCCAACGUCACCAGCGCAUUCACACGGGAGAGAAGCCGUAUGACUGCUCACAGUGUGGGAAGACUUUUACUCGUCAGAGUCAUCUCCAACAGCAUGAGCGCAUUCACACUGGAGAGAGGCCGUAUCACUGUGGACAGUGUGAGAAGAGUUUUACUUGCCCGAGUCAUCUCAAAAGACACCAGCGCAUUCACACAGGAGAGAAGCCAUAUCACUGCUCGCAGUGUGGGAAAAGUUAUCGUGAUCAGAGGGCCUUCCACAGCCACCAGCAGAGUCAUACAGGACAGAAGCCGUACCUCUGUGGACAAUGUGGAUGGAGCUAUACUCAUUCAAGUUCAUUAAGGACACACAAGUGCUCUAACAUAAAGCCAUCAGCUCUUGAUACGUGAAUUUGUCAAAUUAAGAUGUUUUUAAUUUUAAUUUUUAAAGGGAGGUAAGGUGACAUUCUGGCAUAAAACUAUAUGAUAUUUUUUGUCAUGGACUAUAGUAUUCUGUUACGUGGGACUUAAUUGCUUACUCUCUGGUUUUAGCAGCAAUUAAUCAUUAUGUUGUUUUCCUGUUUUACUCCAAACUCUUCGAUGCAACACAUGGAAUACCCACUUUAGUCAACUAAUCCAGACCUCUGAGUUAGACAUGUGACUCUAACAAAAGACAUUUCCCUCCAACAAAAGUAAACAUCUAGAAAUUGUUUUCGAAAAUGUCGUGUUGUGCAUACAUGCAAUCUGGACACCUGUCCAAGCCAACAGAAGAUGGUUCUGUUUACAGGCAAUUUGAAGAGAUAAUUCUGGUCAAAGUUGCUCUGUCUUUGCAGGGUCCAUUUAAGUACUUCUAACUACACAGUAUGGCCAAAAGUAUGGGGAUGCCUAACCACCACACCCAUAUAUGCCUUUUGAACAUCCACUGAUGGAACGGCGUCCAAUCUAGGGAUGAAACGUUUACCGGUUUCACGAUAAACCCUGAUGAAAUUCCCAGACAGUUAGUAUUACCGUGUCACAUUUAAUUAUCAUUAAAACCGUGUGCGAUUAUCGUGAUUUGUAAAACUCGCGGUAAAUGCUGUCCACACAUGAGUCUGACGCAGGCGCAGCAUGCAACAUUUUUUUUUUUGAGUAUGAAAACGGACGUUACAAUUAAAAACCAAAUGCGUCUGCUCAAUUCAGCAUGAGCUGAGUGAGUCAGAUCAACAGCACAGAUCAACAGUAGUCAGAUUUCAUUUAUGACGUGAUGAAAGUGAGGCGAGGCGACUGACAUGAUGAUGGCUGAAGAUUUGGUUUAAUAUAAGCAAGUUUGUCAUUGUACUGUUUUGUUGUGUUUUUCAUUAAGAACAAUAAUGAACCCACCAUUAAAGCACUUGUCUCCCCCGAAUUGCCGCUAAUUUGAAAGCAAAAGUGAAAUGCGUACAGCCACAAGGGCAUUCAUAAGCGAUUUAAAAGCAAGGGGGGAAAGACUGGCAUAAAAUUGGUUUGAGGUUUGACGUUUGUUAUUCGCUAAUUAAGGGGCUGUAUAUAAAGUUACAUACAACAUUGGUAUACACGUUUCUAACUUCAAUAGCAUUUGAAGAGAGUGACUUACAGUAACAAAAGUUCUUGUAAGGUUAGAAAUUCUCCCAAGUACUGUCACUGUAUUCUGUCAAUCAGUAUGCUGUAAAUGAACUACAUCAUUUUUAUUACUAUAAAAAAGCUAAAUGAGUAUGGGGCGAUGCUGUGAUGCGCAAGUGAUGUAAUCGGUGUGUGGCCGAAUACCGUGUAACACCGGGAACACCGACUAUCGCAGCAAGCCCAGUGACAACCAUCCAUCACUUUAUCGUCAAAUAUAAAACCUGUUUAAAUGAU